AUGAUCUGGAUCCUUAUCCCCAUAUUCGUAGUACCGCUCGUCCUGCUCACCUUCUUCCUCGCACUCUCCUCCUGCCUCGGCGACCCUCUACGGCGUGGUAGUGGAAGAAGUGGAGGGCUCUUGAGGCCGUCAUACGGACGCACGUACCUCAACUCCAUCUCCAGCGGCGCCUGGGAGAACGUCGAGAUGGACCGCAUCGAGCGGGAGAGCGACGACGAUGAGUUUGAUCUGGAGGAGGGUAGGCAUGAGGAGGAGGGCAUGUUGUAG